AAGUCUCAGGCACCGGCAUUUAUUUAACUUUUUUGAAACCUGGGGUUGGAUUUGGAUUUGUGAAGUGUGAAGCUCUCACUCUGUGUGUAUGUGUGUGUGUUUGUGCGUGUGUACGGCAUGGAAUACAACCCUCGAACAGUGGAGGACGUUUUCAGGGAUUUCAAGGGCCGCCGUGCCGGCAUGAUCAAAGCCCUCACCGCCGAUGUUGAAGAAUUUUACCAGCAGUGCGAUCCUGAGAAAGAAAACCUUUGCCUGUAUGGAUUCCCCAGUGAGCAAUGGGAAGUUAAUUUGCCUGCUGAAGAGGUGCCUCCAGAGCUCCCAGAGCCUGCAUUAGGCAUUAACUUUGCCAGGGAUGGGAUGCAAGAGAAGGACUGGUUGGCUCUAGUUGCUGUCCACAGCGAUGCAUGGUUGCUUUCCGUGGCCUUCUAUUUUGGUGCUAGAUUUGGUUUUGAUAAAGCGGACAGGAAACGUCUUUUCAAUAUGAUAAAUGAUCUGCCAACAAUAUUUGAAGUUGUGACAGGGACUCCCAAGAAACCGGCAAAAGAUAAGUCAGCAGUCUCAAAUCACAGCAGCAACAAAACCAAGUCAAACACAAAAGGGCGAGGUUCUGAAUCGCAGGCCAAAUUUUCGAAACCAAAGGAUGAGGAGGAGGGGUUGUUGGAUGAGGAAGAAGAGGACGAGCACGGGGAUACCUUGUGCGGGGCAUGUGGAGACAACUAUGCUUCCGAUGAGUUCUGGAUCUGCUGCGAUAUGUGUGAGAGGUGGUUUCAUGGCAAGUGUGUGAAGAUCACUCCAGCCAGGGCUGAGCAUAUCAAGCAGUACAAGUGCCCAACAUGCAGCAACAAGAGAGCGCGGCCUUGAUGCUCCUUUUCGGGUGGGUAGGGAGUUGGUUCUCUCAUAUCUUGUGUAUGUGUUGUCAUGGAUUCAACUAACUGUUUAGUUGGGUUAGGUUUUGAAUUUCUUGCAAUGUCAGGAAGGUGGUCUUUCUCUGUGUCUAUGUAUUCAGUAACCACGGUCUUGUUAAUCUUUGUUUAUUCUGAUUAUGUCUCACUUGUGACCGUCUUUAAUUUGAUAUUCUUGUUACGGGUAAUAUACAGUUUUACACUUGUAGGAAACUAUUAUCUUUUUUCUAAUGAUUUAUCUAUCCCCACGUAUUUUAAUUCUUGA